AAUGACUGGUUUUCAAGAAGUGAUAUUACAGGUCUUCUCUCCGGAGUCCGAAGGAUGCUGUCUACACAUUCUGGACAUUUGAAUUUCGAUGUGCCAUCAUUUUUAACCAAUGAAGAUUAUGUAACAUUGACAGGAUUUACCAAACAGCAGUUUGACGAAAUUGUCACUCAUUUGACAUCACUUAAUAAUUCAGCAGUUAGGUCAAUCCGGACAUGUCUAGCUGUGUUUCUCUUUAAAUUACGUAGUGGAUUGUCCAACAAGUUAAUUGGUGUGCUAUUUCAUUUAACAUAUUCACAAAUCCAGCGUAUAGUGAACAGCACAAGGAAUGCCUUAGUGGAAGAUUUUGUACCAGAUAACCUUGGAUUUCAACACAUAUCUCAUGGAGACUUUGUUCAAAACCACACUACAAAUAUAGCAAAAUCAUUGUUCCAACCAGGCGAAAACGAGGCUAUUGUUGUUGCUGAUGGCACCUAUGUUUACAUCCAGAAGAGUGCAGACUACAAAUUCCAAAGGAGGUCCUAUUCUAUGCACAAGAACAGACCACUCGUUAAACCAAUGAUGCUUGUAGGAACAGAUGGCUACAUUCUGGAUGUGCUCGGACCUUACCUGGCUGAUGGCUCAAACAACGAUGCCUCCAUUACAAAACACAUGCUUAAGGCAAAUGAGGAAGCUAGCAAGUGGUUCAAACCCGGCGACAUAUUCAUUGUAGACAGGGGGUUUAGGGACGCUGUGAGGUUUUUAGAAGACCGAGGUUUCGAUGUGAAAAUGCCCUUCUAUCUUCAGAAAGGCUGCAAGCAGCACAGCACCGAAGAGGCGAACCUUUCACGUUUAGUCACAAAAGUCAGAUGGGUGGUAGAAAGCGUGAAUGGCAGGAUAAAACAAUGGAAACUGUUUGACAAAGUUGUUCCAAAUACCCUGAUCCCUUCUAUUGGUGACUUUGUGAGAAUCAUCUGUGCUCUUAUCAACAGGUUUAAAGAACCACUUGUGAAAACUGACGCAACAUCAGAAGCACAUUGCAGGGCAAUGCUUGCAAAGUCCAAGGAACCAAAUACAGUGAAAGCAUUUUUGGAAAGCAACAACUUACUAAAUAAGAGAACUGUUUAUCAAAAGCUGGAAGCAGAAGACUUGAUGGACUUCCCUAAACUUUCCAUGGAUGACUUACGAAACAUCACCAUGGGAGUUUAUCAACUUAAACAGGCUCCAAGUUAUAAAAAGGAGCACUGUGUUGACGAUGGACUGUAUGAGUUGCUGGUCUUCUCAGAAAACCCUAAUCUGAUCAAGUUAAAAAUACAGUCUCGACACUGUAACAGCAGAGCACAUUCUUUGUGGAUUGAGUAUGACUCACUCUCUGAUGAUCCCAUCAAAGGUUGGUACUGCACUUGUAAAGUAGGCUCAAGAGUGGUCGGUUGCUGUGCCCACAUUGCAAGUGCAUUGUGGUUUCUAGGAUAUGAACGCUUCCAAGGCAAAUCAUCUGGGGCAGUGACUAUUUCGACAAAGUCUUUGGCUGAUGCAGCUGACAUUCCAACAACAGAUUCCGACACGGAUGAGGAGUAUCCAGAGGAAUAAACUGUAACACUAUAUGUAUUUAAAGUAGAUAUAAUUUGAAGUCACUUAUCACUUGUUCAUUUUCAUGUUUGUUAAAUUCUGUUAACAAAACCAAAGGUUAUACAUUGAUUAUAUGCUUCGAAUAUGCUUUGCUUUCAAAAGCACCAGUGCAGAAGUAUGAAGCAAAAUAGAAACCGAUAACAGCUUCAGGUGAUGUUCUUGCUAUGUGAUAGACUUUGUUGUACACUUUGAUUAAUAAUCAAUUUUUUAUAUUGUGUACACUAGUAUACCUUUAUAACAAAAAUGUUUUACCAAUGAAAUUAUGUGAUAAGUGUUUCGCUUUCAACAAGUAACAAGUGGAAAAAUAUUGUAACAGAAAAGAAUAUGUUAACAAUUACAGGUAUGCUAUGUGAUAGACUCUGUUGCUAGGGUACUAACUUUGAUCUGUAUCAAAAUGUUUAUAUUAUACAUAUUUCGUAAGAAAAGGUUAGUCCAUGUAAAGUGAUAAUGAUCUGUUUUCAUUAAAUAACGUACAAUAAAAAACAUUGAAACAGUAUAAAAAAAAAUAACAGUUUAGGUCAUAUUCUUGCCAUGUGUAAGAAUACUUUGCUAAGGCACCAACUUUGAUCAAUACUCUAAUAUCUAUAUUGUGAUACCUUUAUCAGAAAGUUUAGCUACUGAAAACAUGAGAAAUAUUUUGUUUUCAUUAAGUACAGCAGAAGAAAAAUCUUGAAACUGGAAAGAAAAUGUUGUUAUCAAUAUAAGGUAUUGUUGUUGCUAUGCGACACAUUCUGUUGCUAGGGAAAUUAUUGUCACUUCCCAAAUGUUUGCAUUAUAAUACCUUUGUAAAAAAAGUUAGUCCAUAUAAUUAUGUCACAUAUGCUAUGAUUUGUUUCCAUUACACAAGUUCGGACGAUAGAAAAUGUUGUUACCAGUAAUAAAUCUUAUAGCCAUGCCGUUGCUAUGUGAUAUAAUUCGUUGCUAAGGUACCAAAUGUAAAUAUAUUAAAAGUUUAAUUUAAGCCUUUGCUAGCAAAACCCAUUAGUUGAUAACUUCCAUAAGUGAUUUAAUUACAUCAAUAUUAAGCAGCAUAUUUGUAUGAUAAUUAAA